ACGGCAUAUUCAUCGGGACUCAGCAAUGACUCUUCCUAGGUCUUGCAUCGCUUCUGUCUAUGAGCAUAUAUCUUGAGGCUAGAGGGAGUAACGAUGGGUCAAUCACAGUCCUCACCGCCGCCGAGGGAAAUCCCAGUCGAGCAACUGAGCCACGAGUUGGCCCUCCGCUUUGCCUCCAAGUGCUACACCCAUCUGGAGAUAGCGCACUACAAAGACAACUUCAAGAACUUGGCAGAUCACCAGGAGGAUGUCGAAUACUGGAAGGAAGACACGCUGUGCGGCUUCCUCGCCCUCCCAGAGCCCCUCAAGGCUGGACCUGUCUUGUAUCAUAUGUGUACAUACCUUGGGGCGUUUCCAUUUCCGAGUCUAGCGCCGUGUAUAUUGACCAGAGAGGCCAUGUUGAAGGUCAUCACUAUCAUGACAGGUAGGUACAAGAAGGUGCUGAAGAGAGGCGAUCAGGACAAAAUCAAACUGUUGUUCCGAAGCCUGGCGGUGUUCGAUCGACGCCAUAGUGUGGCCUCGCCGAAGGAGGGUCCGAAUAUGGAGGAUAUUGUGAAGGACCAGCUUCCGGACGACAUGUUGAAGGAGCGCGAAGUCGAGCAGGGCGUCCGUUCUCAUGUCGCUGGGUUUGCCGUCGAUGAGCCUGUAAAUGAUGACGAGGACGAAGACGAUGACGACCUUGCCCUUGCCGCGCUCGACUCGCUCGACGCCAUCGAGGUCUUCAAGCACGACCAGAAGACCAACCGCAAGAUCAACCAUGCAAUGAUCCCUGCAGACAACCUCAAGAAACUCGUGACCCUGUUGCUGCUGGUCGCGGGCGUUACACCCUUGACCACGCUGGCCAGCUACGGUGAGCGUCUGGAUGAAGAGCGGCUCCAGGCUCUCAACGCCUCAGCGGAUGCCAUCGUGGCAGCCUUCGACCCAGAGCCUCACAGCAGAGGGAUCAGGUAUUCCAACUUUGUCAAGACCGUCACAACGACCUUGCCCGACCUGUUCGAGCCUCUCAAUGCCCUGUUCGAGCAUUUCCUGUUCAGCAAGAACUUCAACCUCAACAAACAGCGCAACUCCCUACCAGCUGUCGAAACCGUCGAGGCCAUACCAUCGCCCAUUUAUAAAUCACCCGAUGACACCACCUUCAGCACCAUCUUUACCGAUACCCUCCUCGCUCAAAUGUCCAUGUCCCUGCAAAUCUCCUCAACUAUCUCGUCCAACUCCUCCCUCAAAAACAUCUUCGCCUCCAACGCCCGUUUCAACCAACUCUACUCGACUUCAUCCCACGGCACCUCCUUGUCCUCCUUCUCUCGUCAAGUUCACUCGUGGCAAUCUUCAACAUUAGUCCUCAUCUCGGGCACGCUUCCUGAUACAAACAACCCCAUUGUCAUCGGCGCAUACCUCCCCGAGCCGUGGCGUGAAAAGCCGACGCCCCCAUCCUCCAGCGAUGGACCGUUAAAGGCAUCCUGCCUCUUCCAACUCCUCCCCCGCCAUUGUGUGUUCCUCGCAAAUCAGUAUAACCGCACCAUCCCCUUCUCGUAUUUCAACUCGAAAACAGGCAUCGCACUAGGCUGUGUGAUUCCCCCGCAGCAGUCUCGUACCGGCCCACCUCAGCCGCCGAUUUUGGGACCGGUCAGCGUGCUGAUCGACAGCGACAUGUCAACAUGCACAUUCCAGCACGACGGGGACGCCGGCGUCGGUGCGUUCAUGACGGACCCGGGUUUGGAGACGGCGCAGAAACAUCAACGGGAAACCACGCAGCCCAAAAAGGCGGAAUUUGACCUCGACACGCUCGAAGUCUGGGGGAUAUCUUUUCCCCUCGCCCGCACCGGCUCGCUAUCCGACAACGCAGGGGAAGAGGACGAAAUGGCCAAGCAGAAGAAACGUCUCGCAUGGGAGGAGGCCGAGGCCGCCCGACGCAGGGGAGUCAACUUUGGAGGGGACAAAGAUGGUGCAAGGGCGUUGUUGGAGAUGGCGGGUUUGGUUGGGGAUAAAGCCGGGAACAGGAGCGGCGGAUCUGUGUAAGUGCACAAGAAGGCUAUCGAUGGCACGAAGGAAGGGAUGCAGGGUAUUGGAUCAGGAGAGGGUCGCUGGCUGAGAGGGUCGCGAAACAACUGUAUCUCUAGGCAUUAGAGGAUUGUGCUUGAUAAAACAAACGCCACACAAUCCUGGACACUGAUAACUGUUCUCGGAAACGCCUGUGGCACUGCCUGGCAAAGUAUAUAACAAUGAUGGGUGUCGAUGGAUGGUCUUCGAUCCGGGGAGAGGUCUUACCGGGCGCCUUUGUCAACGGCCUCAUCGGUAUUCCCUGCUCGGGUCCUAUCGUUGACAGCUCCCCGGUGUCGAAUGUGCUGUUAGAUGGUUGACAUCGACUAGGCUAGCAUUUGCGAAUUCCAGAUUCC